AUGUCGCCAGAGCGCGUCGACCCUGGCAGGGUUGAGCCUCCAGCCCGCCUCAUUCCCAAGGUCAUCUCGGGCCUGGAUGACAUUUGCCCGGGGUCCUUGGCUGCAAUCACCAGAAUCUACGGCCCCGUCUUCAACACUCUCGUCCCCGUGUCGCGCCCCGAGGUGGCCGAGUUUACCAAGUUGUAUGAGAACCGCCAACGCAUGAUCAACAUCGCCUACGCCAACGAGAUGGCCGACGCCUGCGCCGGCCUCAGUAUCGAUCCCUACGAAGUGUGCGCCGCGGCCAGCUCCAAACCUUUCGGCUACAUGAACUACAACCCAGGGCUGGGCGUGGGUGGCCACUGCAUCCCCGUCAACCCCUGGUACCUACUCGCAUCCGGGUGCGAGAUGUCGCUCCUAAGGCAGGCCUCGGAAGCCAUGAGCCGUCGCCCCGUCGACGCUGCCAGGGCGUACGCCAAGUAUCUUCGAGACAGUGAAGCUUUCGGUGCUGCCCAAGUUCUUGUCGUAGGCAUGGGCUUCAAACACGGCCAGAGCACAUUAAGCUACUCUCCGGGUCUUGAGCUUGCCAGGGAGCUUCAACGCAUUGGAAACAAGGAAGCAGAAAGCAGGUCGAUCCGAGUCGUGUUUGCGGACCCCCUUGUAACGCAGGCUGCCAUUCCAAGCAUCGAAAAGCUCGCUGACGAGGGCUGGAAUCGAGCUGGAACGUGUUGGGACGGCGCCACCACGGGCGUUUGUGUUUAAAUAGUUAGCCUCUACUUUAAUCCAAAACCUACAGCGGUGUGCAUUCCCGCCACACAUUCCUGUUUGCCUCUGGCCACAUGGGAAGUUGCCGCC